AUGCACUUCCAGUCGCGUGCACCCACGACUGCCGUUCAUGAACUCCUCUUCGCCGACGACUGCAUCCUCAACACCACCUCGGAAGGGCAAAUGAAAAGGAGCAUGGAUCUCUUCACCGCCGUCUGCGGCAACUUCGGCCUGGUCAUCAACACGGAGAAGACAUCACCCGACGCUGCCUACGUCGCAAGCCAAAUCAACGUGAACAGCGCUCAAUUACAAAUCGUGGACAACUUCGCCUACCUCGGCAGCACGCUCUCCCGUUACACCAAAACCGACAAUGAAGUGGCUUGCCGGAUUUCCAAAGCCAUUCAAGCCUUCGGCCGUCCCCAGAACACCGUCUGGAAUCGUCGCGGUCUCCACCUCAAUACUAAGAUAAAGAUGUACAGGCAGUCACCCUGCCGACGCUGCUGUAUGUAGCAAAGUUUUGGACAGUCUAUAAGAAGUGGGCACGGAGAGUCAAUCACGUCCACCUCAGCUGUCUCUGUCAGAUAUUGAAGUUAAGGUGGCAGGACCGGAUCCCUGACACGGAUGUACUGCAGCGGACAGGCAUCCUCAGCAUCUACGUCAUGCUGAGACAGCUGUAACUGCGUUGGAACGGCCACCUUGUGCGGAUGGACGACGAUCGGCUAUCUAAACGAUUCUUCUACGGAGAUGACGCCACGGGUUCUCGUCGACAGGGAGAUCAAGUCUGGCGGUAAAAGGACACUCUUGUAACGACUAAGCGGUGAUGGUGUACGCUCAGUAUGCCACAACUUCAGGCCAUAUCCCAAGUUGUUAGAAACAGGACGCCAUUUGGUUAGGACACUUUAUUCUGUACAGAAUAGUGAAGGGGAAAGUUGGCAACCGGACGAGGAUGCGUCCGGCGCCGCGGAGGAGGUGUCCGCGAGAGCGACGAGCCCUGUGUCGCCGAAGGUCGUCGCUGCAAAAGUGUCGUUGCAGAUUGUUUACUCUAUUGUUCUGGACUGUUCCCGCCCGUCUUACCAAUCAGCGAUAGGAGUUACGUUGAUUGGCUCCGAGUCCACGCGAAGGUAAUGACAAGCUUCGCGUGGUGCAGGCAGAGAAUCGACCGAAUGCGUGGUGCAGCCAGUGAAUUGCAACGAGACAAAUCGAAGCCAGGCAGACGUGCGUGCCAUAGCAGGCUGCCGCUGGGACGUAGGUGCAGGCGCUAGCGAGAGGCACGAUGUAGCCAUUAUGGCUGUCCACUACACUCUAAAAACUUCCCUUAAGCGUCUGCAGAUCAACCUGGCCAACUGGAAAGACCUUGUCCGGAACGGACUGACCUAGAGGAGGACGGUCAAAACCGACGCAACGAUCUACGCAGCCAACUGCAUCACUAUCGCCAAAGCCAGAUGCGAGCCUUGCAAAUCUCAAAUGCGCCCAACCCGCAAAGCCAACGCCAAACGUCCCCGACCUACCCACACAGCCAGCGGACGUUCUGGGCACCAGUCGACCUUGUGGACAUCUUCAUGCCAACUGCAACACCCGGAUUACACUAGCCGCUGGCCUUCCGUCAAACUUUGCCUUGUCCCGCACGCCGAGAACUAACACUGACCGCACUGCCGAACUCCCACUACCAUCUUCAUCCUCCUCCUCCUCCUCCUCCUCCACCACCACCACCACCCCCUUCUUCUGCUCAACACCUGAAGCAGCGACUCCUGUACCUACCAGCCAUACACACAAUCCAGACGCACUAACAAACAUCAACCGCCAUACCGGGAACACUAGCGAUGUGGACUCGGUCGAUACGUAUCCUCAUUGCGAUCGCACCUUCACGUCAAACAUCGGCCUGGCCGGCCCCUUGCGAAUCCAUCGCACAGAGACUGGCGAACCAAUGCCUGGAGCCGCAUUCGCCUUCACUGUCCACACCUCCCCCCCACCUUCACUCAUCCCAUGGGCCUGUUCGGCCGCAUGCGUAUCCAUGAGAGUGGAAUUGACCGCAGUCUCAACACACCCAGCUUCUUUGGCGCAUCCCCCAUGCCUAUCCUAA